UAUGACGUCAGCAAAACAACGUCCAGUACGUAUUGGAUCUGAUCCAGCUACAUCAAUCAUGCUACAGGCUGCAGCGAGGACUUGGACAAAACACUUCACAAAAAGAAAAGAGUUGGAAAAAGCACUCUUACCAGCCACAGACGGCUACCGCUCGCGCACACACUCACCACGCUCUGCCCACUCACUCCCAGCAUGCACUCGAGAGAGAGAGAGAGACAGAGAGUGAGUGCAUGUGUGAGAAAGAGAGAGAGAGAGUGUGUGUGAGAGAGAGCAGCUCUUCAUUAAGUCUGUCCACCAGCAGCACACAGAUAAAGCAGAAUGAUCCACAUCUGUGAUCAUAAACUUCUCAUAUUUAACCUGCUGCUCAUCAUGUCAGUGGUGGCAUGUGAGAUGAAGGAGAACUUGACUUUCACUGCUUAUGAAGGAGGAAAAGUUGAAAUACGGUGUCUCUAUGAGUCUGGAUAUGAAACAUAUAAUAAAUAUCUCUGCAGAGGAGAAUGUCCAAUACUGAAUAAAGACAUUCUUGUUGAAUCUGGAUCUGCAGCUAAAGAUGAGAGAUUCUCUCUGACCGAUAACACAACAACCCACAUCUUCACCGUCACCAUCACUGAUCUAAAACCAGAUGAUCAAGGACAAUACUGGUGUGCUGUGAGGACAGGACUGGGAAAAUAUGAUGACUAUACGGAGAUUUACCUGGAAAUUAAACAUGUCACAUCAGAGUCACCUAAACCAACCACAACAGCUUCAGAUCACAGCAGUAAACCAGCGACAGCAGAUACUGCAUCUAACAGACCCGUCACAUCUGUAUUUCCUUCAUCAUCAACAACAACAACAUCAUCUUCAGCGUUACUGAUGCUCUCAUCGUCUAAUAAUGCAGCGUCAUCAAAACCAGAAUCAGGUUUUACCAUGAUCGUCAUGUUGAUAGUCAUAGGGAUCCUGACAGGGUUUGGAUUCUCACUGUUCAUGUACUUCAGAUGUAGACAAAAGAAAGAAGGAAAUCAGCCCAGAGAUGUCGUUCAAGGCCCGACUGAGCAUCUGCCCAACGGAGAUAAUGAACCAAACAGAGGAGUCUCUGAUUAUGAAAACAUCAGUAACACUCUUGAUAAUCCUGUCUACAGUUCGGUCCUUCCUGUGUUUGAUGAACACAACACCUCUGUUUAUGCUUUAGCACAAUUACCCAGCAGCCCCUCUGACAAUCUCACCUACUCCUCCAUCAAAUUUUCAGCUACACCUCACUCAGACAGGACUUCUGACGGGCAGGAUACAUGCACCACCGUUAGACCAUAAAAGGCUGUGGACAUUCAUGGACAUCAGGUUGAUUAAACCUGAAUCACACCAAACUACCCACUAAGCAAAGUUAUGUCCAGAAGACGUCUUGGCACACGUUGAAAAGAUGUCCACUGAGGAGCCAGAAUUAUGACAUCUUUUUUUGACGUCUUCUGCAUGUCCGAUAUAGACGUCAAAAAAAAGAUGUCAUAAAAAAACUUUCAUUCCGGCUCCUCAGUGGACGUUUCAAAAGAUGUCAGUAGUAAUGAAAAGAUUUAUCUUGAACUUUGUCAUGGAAACUACCAUGAAUAAAUCUUAUUAAACAAUUUAAUAAUCUUAAAAAUUCAUUUAUACCUGUAUGAUAUUACGCUGUAGCCACAUUGAUCCAGUGGUUUGGAAAAUGGAUGGAUGAUUCAGCUGUGGGCGCCAUCUUCUGGCGAGAUGCGGGAAUUCAAUCGGCACGACCCUCACAGUGCAUUAUGGGUAUUCUCUAGCCGUUGAGCAUAUAUUGGUUGUCCACUCAUUAUUGUGGUGCAUUGUGGGAUUGAAUGUGUGCACUCAAUAAUGUCAGAGCAGGUAUGUCUGCACCGAGCUUGUCUAAAUUAACUGCUAACAUUUACAAAACGAGCCUACAAUAACAUAAAUAAGCCUUUUUAAUGAAAUUAAAUGAAAAUGUUUAAUGAAAUUAGAAAAUAUUUAAGAGAUUGUUGUUUAAUUUGGUUUUGUACAUUUGUUCCCAUAUCCAUUUAUUUUGCUCUAAUCUCACAAGUAAUAAUCUCAAGUUUUACUGGAUUCUUUGGUUCUUUUAUAGUGUGGGUCUAAGUCUACCUUUUAAUGCCCUUCCCUCGCUAACUUCCCUCCGUCUCAUUCACUCAGAUGUACACCAUUACUUACGUUGCAUGAGUGCCCACUACUGGCGGAUCCCUUGAAAUGUGUUUACAUGGAACUUCCUAAACCCUUGAUCACUAGAAUCCACAAUGGAGCUGAUUUAUUAUUUACAGUUUUUUGACACUUGAGUUAAAUGGGGGUAAAUUGGGGUGGGAUAGAUUCCCCCAAGGGAAAGUGCUUAGGGAAGUUUGCGAGCAUAUGUCUAAAAGUGGAGUUAAACACAGUCCGGUUUCAGUGAAGGACUGUGACUUGAUAUAAAACCUUCAGAUGACACAAAGUCUCUGUAAGUUACCGAAAUCAAACUUGAAACAUUCACAAAGAGUUCACUGAAUAAACACGGUUGUGGGUCCUGAAAAUAAAAAAUAACAGAACUUUUUGAGUGUAACUACAAACCUGAUUCCAAAAAAGUUGGGACACUGUACAAAUUUUGAAUAAAAAAAGGAAUGCAAUGAUGUGGAAGUUUCAAAUUUCAAUAUUUUAUUCAGAAUACAACAUUGAUGACAUAUCAAAUGUUUAAACUGAAAAAAUGUAUCAUUUUAAGGGAAAACUAAGUUGAUUUUAAAUUUCAUGGCAUCAACACAUCUCAAAAAAGUUGGGACAAGGCCAUGUUUACCACUUUGUGGCAUCCCCUCUUCUUUUUAUAACAGUCUGCAAACGUCUGGGGACUGAGGAGACAAGUUGCUCAAGUUUAGGAAUAGGAAUGUUGCCCCAUUCUUGUCUAAUACAGGCUUCUAGUUGCUCAACUGCCUUAGGUCUUCUUUGUCGCAUCUUCCUCUUUAUGAUGCGCCAAAUGUUUUUAUGGGUGAAAGAUCUGGACUGCAGGCUGGCCAUUUCAGUACCCGGAUCCUUCUUCUACGCAGCCAUGAUGUUGUAAUUGAUGCAGUAUGUGGUCUGGCAUUGUCAUGUUUCAAAAUGCAAGGUCUUCCCUGAAAGAGACGACGUCUGGAUGGGAGCAUAUGUUGAUCUAGAACUUGGAUAUACCUUUCAGCAUUGAUGGUGCCUUUCCAGAUGUGUAAGCUGCCCAUGCCACACGCACUCAUGCAACCCCAUACCAUCAGAGAUGCAGGCUUCUGAACUGAGCGCUGAUAACAACUUGGGUUGUCCUUGUCAGUCCGGAUGACAUGGCGUCCCAGUUUUCCAAAAAGAACUUCAAAUUUUGAUUCGUCUGACCACACAACAGUUUUCCACUUUGCCACAGUCCAUUUUAAAUGAGCCUUGGCCCAGAGAAAACGCCUGCGCUUCUGGAUCAUGUUUAGAUAUGGCUUCUUUUUUGACCUAUAGAGUUUUAGCCGGCAACGGCGAAUGGCACGGUGGAUUGUGUUCACCGACAAUGUUUUCUGGAAGUAUUCCUGAGCCCAUGUUGUGAUUUCCAUUACAGUAGCAUUCCUGUAUGUAAUGCAGUGCCGUCUAAGGGCCCGAAGAUCACGGGCAUCCAGUAUGGUUUUCCGGCCUUGACCCUUACGCACAGAGAUUGUUCCAGAUUCUCUGAAUCUUUGGAUGAUAUUAUGCACUGUAGAUGAUGAUAACUUCAAACUCUUUACAAUUUUUCUCUGAGAAACUCCUUUCUGAUAUUGCUCCACUAUUUUUCGCCGCAGUAUUGGGGGAAUUGGUGAUCCUCUGCCCAUCUUGACUUCUGAGAGACACUGCCACUCUGAGAGGCUCUUUUUAUACCCAAUCAUGUUGCCAAUUGACCUAAUAAGUUGCAAAUUGGUCCUCCAGCUGUUCCUUAUAUGUACAUUUAACUUUUCCAGCCUCUUAUUGCUACCUGUCUCAACUUUUUUGGAAUGUGUAGCUCUCAUGAAAUCCAAAAUGAGCCAAUAUUUGGCAUGACAUUUCAAAAUGUCUCACUUUCAACAUUUGAUAUGUUAUCUAUAUUGUAUUGUGAAUAAAAUAUAAGUUUAUGAGAUUUGUAAAUUAUUGCAUUCCUUUUUUAUUCACAAUUUGUACAGUGUCCCAACUUUUUUGGAAUCGGGUGUGUAUAUUAAGGACUCAAAUACAGGAUAAACAGCUGUAUUCUGCUGCUGUGUGAAUGUACUCUAUUAUAUUUGGAAAGAUACAUGGCAGUUGUAUCAUGAGCCAUUAGUGCUUGACCCCGGUUGCUACUUGUGGUAGUAAAUUGUUGUUCACGCAAAUCUCUUUUGCACAGUUCAGUCUUCUAAUUUCAUUCCUUAGUGAAGGAAAAUGACUGUUUUAGACAAGACUAUACCCCACUGUGAGCAUGUUUACAGGCCUUUAUUGUAUAUAGUAAGUGCAGGUACAUGUUUCUGUAUACUGUAUGUGAGAGAACAGCAAAACAGUUUAACAGUUGCUGCUUCUUUUGUCAUUCUUCAUUUUUUGCGUUUUCACACUUUUCAGACAAACACCACAUAAUAUAACAAUACAUAAUAUGCAAAUUGAACAAUGUCAAAAUAAUGUUUUGUUGGAUAUGCUCAUCCUCUCAUUAUGGACACUAAUGUCAUUAUUGGAUCAUACUGACACCAAGUGGCCACAUAUGCAGGUUAAACACAGUAUGAUGCUUUUGAAUGGUGUAUGUUAAGAAGAAUGUGCAUUGUUGUCUUUUCCUGUUUUUAAUCUGCUGUAGUCACAUACACCUUUAAGUAAUGUCUUGUCAUUUCCUAUAAGAGCCACACUGUUCUAUUCAAGCCCAUAAGCAGUUAUUCACUUCUUAAUGCUUCUUUAAAAUGGAUGAUAAGACCAUACAUGAAUUUAGCCUUCCUUUGUUCUGAGUUGUUUAACGCUCUAGAUUUUGUUUUAUAAGUUACUAUAUAAGUGUUCUACUCUGUUCUUCAGACAACAUUUGACUUUACUGCUGAGGUCCAUAAUUUUAUCUAACAGUGCAUGUUGUCUUUUAGUUAUGAUGAUCAGUGUUGAUGAAAUAUAUUUUCAGUCUUAUGUGUACUUAAAAGCCAAGACUGAAUUUAUUUGUGUCUGCUAAAUAAAAAAAAUGUAAAA